ACUUCCUCUUUCCAUGUGUAAUAAGUGUAAGCAUAGAUUUCUACUAUAUAUCUAUGGUGUAAGUAGGUGAACUCUUUUGGUACAUGGUCUAGCUAGCUAGCUCUGUAGCUGUAGAUAUAUUGGAAAGGUGGACUCAAGCUCAAGGGUUCUUCUGCGGUGCGCAGCACUACCUUCAGUGUUGGAUCACACAGAUAAUUAUCCUACUGUCAUAAUCAUUUGCAGUGGAUCUACUUGUGCAAGUGAGAGUUUCAAGACAGGAAUUUUUUUCAUCUACUCACAAAUUUAAUUUCCGACCACGAACAUCUGCUCUGGUUUGCUAUAGUGUAAUAUGGAUCAGCUGUCCCUGCUUUCAAUCUUAUAAUUAAUUUAUGUGAAACUUGUUAUGGAGGAGCAACCUAUUUCGGUCCGAAUAUACCCUGGUGAACUGAGACCAGUAUAUUACACCUCAGUGCUUGCUUUUCGCUCGACAACAACUGUGCAUUUGAUUCGUCUCUCUCUUGAACGACUGCAAAUCUUUGAAGACAAGAGUCUCUACGAACUGUUUGAAGGUUUCCAAGGCGACAAAAAGGAUCAGUGGACUAAACUAGAUGCUGAAGACACACCAGUCAUCAGACAAGAAAAAUGGAAAUCGGGUGAGAAAGAAAUGCGAUUCUUUAUUCGAAGAAAGGAGCAUGCUAGCCUCGUUCUAACGGAGAUAGUGUCCCAAUACAUAUCCCCCGAAGUGGAUGAUGGACAGAUUGAAGACAUGUGUAACUUGGAGGAGCUCUCUGAACAAGCUAUGCUCUCAAACCUGCGAGGUCGAUUCUCAAACAAACAAAUUUACACUUACGUCGGUUCCAUCCUCCUCUCAAUCAAUCCCUACUACUACUACUCUAUAUAUAACCCCAAGUACACAACACAGUACGUUGGCAAGCCAUUCUCGUCGCUCCCUCCGCACAUAUUCGCGACAGCUGACAAUGCUUAUCACUGCAUGCUCAACAAUAGACAGAACCAGUCGGUGAUUAUCAGUGGAGAGAGUGGGGCGGGGAAAACGGAGUCGACCAAGUUCCUCUUACAUCAUCUCAUGUCCCUGUCAGCCAAGCUGGACGAGUCACAGUCUCUGGAGCUGAUCACACUCGGCACUGGGCCUGUUUUGGAGGCAUUUGGGAAUGCUAUGACGGUUGCCAAUAACAACAGCAGUAGGUUUGGAAAGUUCAUACAGGUCAACUUCAAGGAGAAUGGUGCUUACCAAGGUGCCUCAAUUGAGAAAUACCUUCUAGAGAAGAGUCGCAUCAUCAGCCAGUCCCCGGGAGAGAGAAACUACCACGUCUUUUACUACCUCCUACAAGGUGCCGAGACUGAGUUACACAAGCAGCUGGCACUGUUGGAGCUGGACCAGUACCGGUACCUCACCCAGGGCCCCUCCAUUUCCCUCCCCAACAGCUCGGAGGAGUACCAUCGCCUGAGGCAGUCUCUCACAAUGCUCAGCUUCUCGGCAGCCACACAGAUGAGGAUGUUCACUGUCCUCUCGGCCAUUCUUCAUAUUGGAAACAUAACCUUUGCAAAGAAAGAAGCAGAGGAGGCUGCAAUGAUCGAGAACACUGACUGUCUCAAGACGGUCUCAGACUUGCUACAGGUGGAUGAGAGGACACUGUGGCUUGCUCUGACCACACGCAAGUCCAAAGCUGGUGGAACAGACUGCAUUGUAUUACCUUAUAGGGUGGAAGAGGCUACAGCCACCCGUGACUCACUGGCCAAAGCUCUAUAUGGAGCACUGUUUGAUUGGAUUGUGGAUCAGGUGAACAUUUCUCUGUCGUGUGGUGAGAAGAGUGUUAACAAGGGAUACUCAAUCGGUGUACUGGACAUAUUUGGUUUUGAAGUGUUCCAAAAGAACUCUUUUGAGCAGUUCUGCAUCAACUUUGCCAACGAGCAGCUGCAGCAAUACUUUAACAAGCACAUCUUCAAACUAGAACAAGAGGAAUAUGAGAGUGAGGGUAUUGAGUGGUCCUCUGUCGUCUUUGUCGACAAUCAGGACUGUCUGGACCUCGUGGCAAAGAGGCCGACGGGACUCCUCCCUCUGCUUGAUGAUGAAUGCAGUUUUCCUGGUGCUGAUGACAACUCUCUCUACCAGAAGUUUGAGCGUCAGCACAAGAACCACACCCACUUCCGCUCCCCUACUAUGAAGCUCAAGGACCCCCAGUUCACCAUUCUGCACUAUGCCAGCGAGGUCACCUACUCCAUUCAGGACUUCCGUGCUAAGAACCGAGACCUGAUGCGGCAGGACAUUGUGGACGUGCUCAAAACCAGUCAUAUGGAUCUUGUAAGAGCUCUGAUUGGUCUGCCUCCCUACGCUGUCCAUCGCUGGCACUCCGCCUACCUCAAGAUCGUGGCAGGGCUCGCGUUCAGGAAAGCGGGCAGGGAGCACAGAAAGAGGGGGGAGAACCGAUUCACCUCAUCCCUCCACUUUAAGUUCCGUACCAACUCCAGUCCUGGGCUCUCCCACAAUGAUCAAAGUGGGCAGAGCCAUGCAGGAGACCUGGCCACACCCACUAGAGUCCCGGGUAAGGGGGGUUUUGAUUCCCCCGAUGCGUUCCCCCUCGAGUACGGGGGUAAACUGAAGACGGGAUUUGGAAUUCGGUCUAGUCGAUCAUACGAUCUGCUCACCGAGGCGGUGAAGAACGAGGAGCAAACUGACGGUCACCAGCUGUCACUGUCUUGUUCAAGCACCUCCCUCUAUGCAAGUCCAAGGCUUUCGAGAAAACCCGCAGCUAAAUCACUCUCCCAUGAACCCAAAAAGCUUCCUGUUGAUCCACCAUACAACAAACCUGACGACUCCCCAAAGAACAAAAAGGCACCCGUGGACCCCCCAGAGAGCAAAAGGCUGCCAGUCAACCCCACACAUAAAGGAAAACCUCUUGAGAAGGAUCUGCCCUCCAUCUCCGGGCUGCAGGAGAAACUGCGGAAACGAUGGCCACGCUCUAUUCGAGGGAAGCAGAGCUCUGAGCACCCAGAAUAUCGCCCCAUUAAGUUCUGGAGGUCUGCUCCCAGAGUGAGAACUGCAGACACUGUGUCUGAUCCUCGUCUGCUGAGAAGUCUGUCUCGGCGAGGGCCAUCAAAAACUGUGGGGGGUCAGUUCCAAGUCAGUUUGGCCUCCCUCAUGGAGCGACUGGAGAAGACCAACCCUUUCUUCAUACGCUGCAUCAAGUCUAACGGAGAAAAGGCCCCAUGUCAGUUUGAUGACGACCUGGUACUGCGACAGCUGCGCUACACUGGCAUGAUGGAGACAGUCAAGAUACGCAAGGCAGGCUACUCUGUCAGAACUGACUUUGAGGACUUUUAUGAGCGGUACCAGUUUCUCAUGGGGCCCAAGCAGCCUGACCUAGGCCUUCAGAUAAAACUGUUCUUGGGCAACCUUGGAUUUGGCAACGAUGACAUUCAGAUUGGAAAGACCAAGGUAUUCAUGAGGGACAAGCAAAAGCAGGCUCUACAAGCAGAGCUAGGAGACAAGGUCUUGGCCAGGAUCAUUAAGAUCCAACGAUGGGUGAGAGCCAAGUUACUGCGCUAUCGCUACUUGCACAUGAGGAGGUCUUCCAUCACCAUUCAGUGUGCUGUGAGAUGCCACUUUGCCAAGAAGAAAGCAGACAAACGAAGAAAUAUCGUAUGCAAAGCAGUGCUCUUACAGUCAGCCUGGAGAAGCUUUGUCGCAAAGAAGCACUUUGUGAUGUUGAAACAGGCAGCCAUUUUGUUGCAAGCACACUGGAGAGGGCAGUCGGCUCGGAAGAGGUUUGCUCUACUGUUGGAGGAGAAUCAGAAAAGACAACAAGAAAAAUUGCUAAGAAUUGCUGAGAAGAGAAGAGAAGAGGAGGAGGCACUAAAGAAAGAAGAGAUUUUGAAAGCUGAAGCUUUGAGAAUAGAGCGAGAUGAAGUAAAGAAACAAGUGAAACUUAUGGCUGAGCAGGAGAGGGAGGCCAUUCGUAACUCCAGGCUGUCUGCCACGGAAUCAGUCAUCCUGGACAGUGAAAUCACGGACGUCUUAUUCCAAUUCGAUGCCAUCAUGGAUGCACUGGAAGCAGAGACUCUGGAGACCCUGGAGACCACCCCCUCUCCACGGGAAACCUCACCUCAGCCUGUACUUUCUAGGGGGUCUGAACCUACCUCCCCCUGUGAUGUAGAGUCUGCUGAGCUAGUACAAUUAUCCUCACACAAUACCACAAGUCGAAGUAACUUACCUAACGUCAGGGAACUACAGAAGCAAUUUUUGUUGUCAAGAGACAAUGAUGCUACCAAGACAACCCAAUCGAAAGACGUCUCACAGAUGAGAGUCCAUGUGCAGAGCAUCAUCCAGCAGCUGCAUAUCAAGGGCUCUUCCACUAGUCCUGAACCUCCAGUCGGCUUUCACAGACCUCGAAGGAACUCCAAAUCCAUUCAGGACAAAAUCUCAGUGCUCACUAUUGGCGGGCAGGGGGAGAACUCGGAGGAUGCACGACGAGCAUACACUCCACCUCCUGUACGGAGAAAAAUUAAGUCACCAUUUUUUAGGUCCAAGUCGGAAGUUUUUGAGUCUAUACUAGCCGAAGCUGUCAAUCAAGGGGCUAGCCAUCCUCUAGCAAUAGCUGAGGGCCCCAGUACAACACCAUCUCCUAUACCAAAUGUAGAACCUUCCGAUGUUACCAUGGAUACAGCUCCUGGACCAAACUAUGUUAGAGACUCUGUUGUUGAUCAACCUCCUGCAGCAGACACUGUGACUGAGCUGGCUACUAGCAUUGUAGACACCAUUCUUGAACAAGUUACUAGGGUAGAAGAAUCUAAAACUGAAGCAGCUCCCGUCAAAGACUCCCCAACGUCUCAAGACUCCUCCCCACAAAAACCCAGUGAUGUACCAACUCCGUGUAAAUCACCAGAAAAAGUUUUCGUAACGAUCAGAGAAGACUAUCGCCCAGGUAGAAGCUCUCGAAGGAGCAAAAGUAGUAGAGCAAAAAAGGAAGACCAAGUUAAAGAGGACAAGGUUGAGCAAAAAAUUACUUUAACAGAUGUUGAAAAACCAGAGAAGCAGAGUCCUGUCAAAGAAGCUGAUCGUAAACGGAGUGCAGUAAUUGGCCUAGAUGAUGUCGAACUAACCUUCAACCAAGAACCAAUCAUUGACGAGCAUCCAGAGAACCUCUUAAACGAAUCCAGCGACAGCAGUAGUCAUGUUGAACUAAUCAUAGGAGUCAGAGAAAACGGUCUCUUUGAGGCACCACCCAGAAUAAUCGACCCUGUAGUUAAUUCUAAUCUCGUACCCCCUCGAAGAAAAAUCACAGGACAUUAUGAUCGUCUACUCUCCAAGACGCACUACGACCACCUGCCCCCCUCUGUGGAGAGUGAGGACUCAGAGAUGGAGUCACCCACGUUCAGGUAUCGGUCUGCCAGUGAUGUCACCUCCCACAGGAUCCACCCCGUGGCCACGCCUCCACCGCAGAAUGACCUCUCUUCAACAGUUAUCCCCAGAGAGUACCAAUCAAGUGAACACUACCACGGCAUGCAGAGACGCCGGCGAGCAGCUGUCUCUGUGGCCGACCCCACAGACAUGACCAUCACCACUCUAGAAGAUUCCUCCGAGUUCACAAAAGGUCUCACUACAGACGAAAUUUCUCGACUGAAUCAGCGAAAAACUCUAGCGUCUCCCUCGGAAAGAAUUGGUCUAUUCUCAUUCCACAAGCGCCACUUGAAUUUGAAGCUGCCAUUUAGACAUCGAGGGAAGAAGGAUAGAGAUAAGAUGACAUCACCCGACAAGGACAGCAGAUCCUCCACCCCCACUCGUCACAGGAAGCUCUCGUCAAGCUCUUUCAAGUCAACAGGAUCAAAGAAAGCUGAUGGUCUCUUGGCCCACAACUUUAAGCAGACCACUGGAACUCGGUUCAGUAUCCACAACUGUGAGGUGUGCCACAAAGGGUUCACUGGGUUCAUGAAGCAUGCGCUCAAGUGUGUGGAUUGUGAGCUGAUGAUCCACAGACACUGUGACGAUCGUGUCCCGCCCUGCAAGGCCAAAAUAGAGUCGGGAAAGUACGUGACAAUGUCCAGGAAGAAGGUGAUCACUAAACUGGAGGACUUGGACGAUCUCGGCAGGUUCCUCUUGGACAAGAUUGCUGUGCUGAGUAAAGCCUCAACACCGGGCAGUCUGAUAGACCGAGUGUUCAAGCUCUCACUCAUGGAGUUCCAUACCUCACUCAUCUCGAGCUAUUCCCUCUCCCUACAGAGCUCUGGGGAAGUCCCACCCCCGGGCAAAGAAGAAACUGCCACAAGCCCAACUAACUCGAAAGUAUCCAUCACUGUCUCUCAACUGGUCAACAACUUCUCGAACAUCUUCAAGGGCAUAGCCAAGAGAGAGGGUCUAUCUGACCCCUGCACCAUCUCUAUCGGUGUGAACCAGAUCAAAACACUCCUCGACGAAUUUGGAAAAGCAAGACGGUUUAAGAGGACUUACUCUUCGAGCAUCAACCCCUCCUCACUCAUGAGGAAGACAAAGUCGGGGAAGGACAUUCAAGCAAAGGUACACAAAGGCCACAAGUUCUACCCACAGCAGUUCAAAGUGGCCACCGUUUGCGAGUUUUGCUCACGCUCAAUAAGGCUGCUCGAAAAUGGAGAAGUUUGCGAAGUGUGUGAGUACACGUGUCACGAGAGCUGCUUUAAGAAGACUCACAAAAGGUGCGAGGGGAAACCACGCUCCAAGCCCAUCCCACAGUAUAACCCAUCGCUUAAAGUAGAGAGCACUCAGUUUGGGAAGCCACUGGAAGAACUGGUGCCACCCAACUCCAUUAAAGUGCCCCCUCUCCUGGAGACCUGCUUCUCUUACCUUGAGUCCAACGGCAUGUACACGCAAGGUGUGUAUCGCAAGAGUGCUGGAGUCAGCAGUAAAAAAGCAGUGAGGUCUGCUCUUGAAGAAGACCCUGCGAAUGCAAAGUUGGACAACUACAGUGUACAUGCAGUGGCUUCUGCUGUGGGGGGUUUCUUUAGAGAGCUCCCGGAGCCACUGCUCACUUCAGAGCUCUACGUGGAGUUCCUUAGAGCCAUGGACCUGACGAACAAGAAGGAGAGAAUGGAGACUAUUCACCAACUCAUCUCUCGACUGCCUGCCAUCAACCAUGCUGUCUUGGAGAGGCUCAUCUUUCACUUGGCAAGAUUUGCCCAGCAUGAGCACAACAACAAGAUGACUCCAUGCAAUCUCGCCAUCAUCUUUGCCCCUUGUCUCUUACAAGGACCUCCCGGCAGAAGCCCAGACGAGAUCUUAAAAGAUUUGGAGAAGCAAACACUGUGCCUGGAAGCCAUCAUCACGGAGCAGCUUGAAAAACUCACUGCCACCAUUCGAGACAUUCGGACACUCGACAAUUAUGUGAGAAGCACCUCAUCCAAACUGUCCAAGCUGAUCGGCCAGGUCGAAAAUGUAGAACAGCCACCUAUGGAAGUGGGCUCUGAAAGGAGCUCUGGAGUGAACAGCCAGCCCCCGCCUAGUACAGUGGAUGCACCCAGAGAGACGGGCAGUGAAAAGAAGAGGAAACAGCUCACUGAGACUCUCGAGGAGCUGGAGAGAGAGCGAGUGCAGCUGACAGUCAAUCUGCCCAAAUUGGAACCAUUCUUUGAUGCUGCUCCCUUAUCUGAAGAUGAUCUGGAACAUACCUCGGGUGACUCAGAUAAAUGGCACUCCCCCUCCCCCGCCCCCCUCUCACCCCACAACACCAUCAACCAUGAUCGAGGUAUUUCACCAAUCAGCGAGUUGACAGAGCCGAGGAUGUCAUGGACUCUGGACGUGACUUCAGACGUUGAAGAGAGGCACUCUCGCGAAGGAACACCCUCUUCCCCCUCAACACCCACUAUCAGGAUCAUGGACAAUGAAUUGCCAGUUCUUCCCAGUGGCCCCUCCCUCACCCAUCUCACCAAAAACCGCACCUCCAAGCAUUCUACUCGGAGACCCCCCACUGCUGAGACACGAAGAAAGAUCUCCAGAGAACAAAACUCUCAGCCGAUAUCACCACUAGCCAAGGAGAGCCAUUAUCCACCAACUACAUCUGAACUAGAACUUUCCAGUCCAGAUUACUGGAGUGAUGUAAUGCUCAAAGAGACUACAGUCUAGUAAGCUCAUCUCAACCAGGAAUUCUUAUGAAAUGUUUUUUUGUGUGUUUCUCAAUGAGUCAGUAUAUCACUAGUACACUUACUGAGCCAAUACAAAUUACGUUACGGCAAGUAUGUUAUGUUUUCUAUAUCGCACCAUGUAUGUCUUAUAAUUAUUAGUUUUAGUGAUCAUCAUUUCAAACGGAUGUUGUUUUGUAAUAACUGUGUGUCAAUCAUCUCAUUUUUAAAAAAGAAUAAACUGAUUAUUGCACAAAA